AUGAUACAAGAUGACGGUAAUGAAUUAGUAGUUAAAAAUUCAAGAAAUCACUCUGACAAUACUGUCAAUGUGCAUCCAAGUGAUUUCAUUGAAUUUGAGGGCAGCAACUCGGUGUCAUCCUCAAGCUCUGAUGUUGUCGAACUAGGCGAUGUUGUGAGUUCUAUUGUUAUUCAACGACUUCAAAAUUGGUGUUUUUAUAAAGAUAAUCCAUGGAAUUCGAAGUUGUACUAUGACCUUCCUAGUUCACUUACCUGUUAUCAAAAUAACGAUGUAUCUCAUGUGUCACCAAAUUAUUUUCGCUCAACGUUCAGACGAGUACCGAAGGUAUUUGCAGAUUGUCCUUCUUCUCUUCCUUUCUCCAUGAUUUGUGAACCAUUUAAUGGACAAAAGAACUGUAAUAAUUAUAGUGUUGCCCAACUUCGGGAGGGGGAAAUAAUGCUCGGCAGAUGCCAAUCGUGUGAGGGUUACAUUAACAGCAGUUGCCCUUUUGUUGAAAACGGCAGUGCUUGGAUUUGCAGUUUUUGUUCGAAGUUAAACAAAAAUACAUUCGCGCAGUCUAAUUACCAACAGGCAUUCGAGUCAGCUUCAGGAACGGGUACCGCUUCCAUCGACAUUACUGUUAGCAUUGCUCCGGAAGAUUACGAGUUUCGUGUUAUUUUCAUAAUUGAUACUUCUUUCGCUUCCUUUGAAAAUGGCUAUGCUCAAACUGUUCUAAAUGGUAUCUCUGAAAUGAUAUUGAACCCAGACUUUUCAUUAAAAUAUGAAAAUACUAAAAUUGCGUUUAUGACGCUCGACAGUUGUAUAAAUAUGUAUCAAAGACAGGGAAACUCCUUUACUAAACUGAUUAUUCCUGAUUUGGACGAUCCUUUAAUUCCUUACCAUAAAGCAGUUUUUCUCGACUUGGUUAAGGAUAAGGAUGCUAUUCUUAAUGUUUUAGUGCAUAUCGGUCGAGAAAAGGGCUUAUCCUCUGAUGCAUCGUUAUCACUGAAGGCGGGGCUCUUUGUUGCUCAAGAAUUACUUGCUCCGUUUGGAGGAAAAAUUGUUUUAGCCUCCUUGUAUUCUGCGUUGCGUAGAAGAGACAAUGGUGUUAAAUUCUUACUUGAAAGCUCUGUAGAGUCUGUAUCAGGAGUUAGCUACUGGAGUAAGUUCAAGUCUUUAAGCCCUCUUGGUUUUGAUUUUUUAAAGAAAGGCAUUGUGUUUGAUCUAUUUGUCCUUUGUCAAGAACUAAAAUUCUGUGACUUAUCAUAUGAGCAGAUGUGUUUUAUGACUGGCGGCGAAAAUAAUUUUUACUUAACGAAACAUGAAGCUGCUUGUUCUUUUUCUGCUGACCUCAUAAAAACUUUUCUUUCAUUUGAAGGUUUUUGUGCUUUAUACUCGUUUUAUGCACCCUCUGGCUACAGGACUUCGAAGGUAUUAAACGGAAUAUCUCCCGAAAAAGAGGAAACAAACGAGUUUUUGAUAGGAGGUGUGUCAUCCCAUACUUGUAUAGCGCUUGAACUGCAGCAGGUAAAGGCAAUUAAUUUACCCUAUGCAUGCUUUCAGUUUGCUAUUUAUUACACUGCUAUUGAUGGCAGCCUCCAUCUUCGUUGUCACAAUUAUGAUGCAUUAUUCGCUAAAAACAAACUUGAAGUAUUUUCUUUUGCCGACUGCGAAGCAAUUAUUACUUUUAUUGCUAAAGAUACUCUAUCGCGCUCCUUAUACAGUACAGCAACUAAACUGGAAAAACGAAUUCAAAAGCAGUGUAUUUCAGCUAUGGUGGAAUAUGCAAACGCUGUCCAAGCAAAUGGAAAUCCUCAAAAAGACUGGUUUUCCCCAAACCUGAAAACAUUUCCGUAUUAUAUGUUUGCAUUGAAGAAGUCGCCCAUUGUUUCUUCGAUUUUGGAUUUUGGGAAUUUCAGGAGUUGUUUCAAUCAGAAGAUACGUACGAAUGGUAUUACAUACAUUUGUUUGUUUCUGUAUCCUUUACUGUUUCCACUUCAUACGUUGAAUUUCCAAGAGGGAUUUUUUGAUAAUCAGAAUACGUUUAACUUUCCCCAACUUCUUCCCGCGUCACGGAAGAACAUACAAACAGAUGGAUGUUAUUUAUGCUUUACAUAUGGGAAAGUGUAUAUCCUUUUACAAGAAAAUGCUUCAACCGCUGUUACUAAAUUGCUUUGUCCGGGUUAUCUUCACAACGAAAAUACAGGGGGAACGGAAGUUAUGUGCGAACAACCGUCAAGACUCUUUAUACAAAUCGCUAAUAUUUGUUCUCAGUUGUCAGCUAUCACUUCCAUUAACUUUAACACAGCAGAACACAUUCGCAAAAAUGUUGAUCAAGUGGAGUACAAACUGUUUGAAAGUGCACUAAUUGAUGAUGAAGCUAAUGGGAAAGAAAGUUAUGAAACUUUUCUACUUAACAUAAAAAAUACAGCUCAGGGAAAGCUUCAGCAUAACGGAAUUAUUCCGCACAUCAACAUUCGCAAGGUAACUGAUGCUUUUCACACCAUAAGGUUUCAAAAACGAGAUGAAUUCAUAAUGCUACCGUAA